UUUAUGCAACAGUAAUUCGAGAUGUCUAGUUACCACACUUCUAUGGACUAUCAAGCUAGAUAUAAAUUGAGAAGUUCCUUUUUGGGAUUCGAGUCACCAAUGUUGGACCCGUCUGAUGUGAAGUCUAAAGACGAUGUUCAUAAGUUGUUGCUCUUGAAAAUGGAAAACAAACAACGCAAGGAUCAAGAGGCGGCGUUAAAACGCAAGCCACCUGUUGCUUCAAGACAGAGUAGCAAUCAGAAGAAAAUAAUCGGGACAGAAAAUACUUCAUUGCGACUAUCGCGAUCUCAGGACAGCCCUAUGCAUUUUCUGAAUCAGCAAAUCAAGAAAGCAGAGGCCGAUCUAUUGAAACCUGGAAAGUCGCAUGCGGUGAAAAAGGAAAAGCUCGAACCUAUUAAUAGUGAAAUGCUAGUGAAUAAUCAAAAGCGAACACCUGAAAUAGCAUCAAGUUUUCCAAAAUUGAAAAUGAAAUCAAAACCCCAGAAAGAUGAACUCGCGAUAUCUGCAAAUGCAAAACCAGAUAUUUAUCAACGAUUAAUACGAACUAAAGUUACUCGGGAAGCGGACGAUGAUAAUAAUAUGUACGUCAACCCGUCACUGCCUAGCUACAAAACUGCUGAAAUUCAGAGAAACUUACACCCGCAAACUUCAGACACAUCGAAAGCGUCCUUGAAAAAGCCGAUCUUUACUGCCAAAAGUAGCGCGAAAAUAGAAAACUCCCAAAUAGAUAGAAAUAACAAUUACCAAGAAGUUGAGCAAUUAGACAUCGAAGAAAUUAUGGAUGUUGUGCUAGACCUCGAAUCUCAAUGUAAUAAUGAAAUAGGCGCUGAAUCAAACUCGCCGCAAAAGUUUGAUGGUAACAGUAGCCGGGUGGAAUUAGAAAUGGGACUUAGAUAUAAAAGCAAAAGUGCAGCCAAUCAAGAUGAAAGAAUCGAUGAUAACCAAGAACUAGAAAGUAAAAAACCUCAUGUGCGAAAACUGAAGAAACUAAAUAGAGACCUACUGCAGGCUAGUGUUAUUGAAAAUGGGGAAAACAGCGAAAAGACAAUGGACAGCAAGAAGAAAGAAAAUGGUUUCGAGAGCUUCGAAAGUCUAACUAGAAACAAAGAUUCAAACAAUGAUUCUGAAGAGUUAAAGACCUCAAAAAAGUCAACAAAGAAACGGAAGGCAAAAAUGGAAAAGGAAAAUAGAGAAACGCCUUCCGAAAAACUAGUUGAAAAUGCAGAACUUGCUCAAGUUGAUGUUAGACAAGAGAAUAAGAACAACAAAAUGGCAAAAAGAAAUAAAAUGAAAAAGGUAGAGAUAAAAGCUGAAAAGUUAGACGAACAUGUGAGUGACAAGGUUCCGGAAUCAGAACAGAUUAAAAAGCAAAACAAGGAUAUAGAGAAAAAACCAGCUCCUAAAGUAGCGAAAAAUUUAGCAAGGAAUGGAAAUAAUCCAACUGCUACAAAUGAAACUAGCAGGAAACAUCCGAUGGAGCAAGAAUCCUUAACCUCCACAAUUAUCGAUCAGAAGAAUAUGAAGAAAGAACCAAAGAAAUCUGUUGGCAAUAGAGCGAAUAAUGAUGCGAAUGCACAGAGUGGCUCUAAAAAGAAUUCAGGAAACGUGGCGAGUGAACAGAAAGACGCGGCUGCAGACGAAGUGGUUGAUUCGGAUUCGGAGGAGCAGUCGUGUAAGUACAAUGUAAUUGGCUCCAUUCGGCCGGUGAAUGUGGAGGCGGAGAAAUCGAAGUUUUUCAAGCUGAAGUUCGACUACAAUCCGACCUUCAAGUACUACAACCCACUUCCUCCUGAGGUGCUGCAGAAGUACUCGAACGCGUCCGACUUGUAUCUGCCUCAAGCAGUUAAAAUAAUGAAGUUCCUCAUUCGGAAAUACGGGAGCUACGAAAAAUUUGAAUCUGAAAACGGAGGACGUCUUCUAUCUCGCCAAGAGAUCAUAAACCUGGUCAAAGAUUACUGCCGGCGCGAAAACUUCGGAGACGGGGAGAUAAUUCUAAACCUUAGCGAAGACUUGCUCUCAACAGCGUCAAUGACUCGCUUAAAUGGACCUCACGGGCUGCUGUGUGUUAGAGUGGGAGACAUGUAUGAGUCUUGGAUUGAAGGGAUGUUACGUCAUGAAUUGAGUACACAUUACGUAAGAAGCGUGAACAAUUUAGUGCAACCUUGGGCUAAAAAUAAAGACAGGAAGAAGUUUAAACUGUACCCUGUGAACCCUACUGAGGAAGGCUUAGCUAGUUUGCAUACAGUAUUGCUAAGACAGGAUCCGCUGCUGUUUCGUAACGCGCUGCUCUAUUUCGCAAUAGCAAUGGCUGCCAAGCUGUCAUUUAAAGAUCUGUUCAUCAAGUUAGGUGAGUUUGUCCAUGAUCCCCACAGACGGUGGGACUACUGCAUGAGGGCAAAAAGAGGUCAAGUUGAUUCAAGCAAACCAGGGUGCUUUGCGAAGGACCAAGUCUAUUUAACUGGUGCUCUCAAUAUUCUCAAAAACAGGAAAAACAUUGACUUCCAAGCACUGAUGAAACUGGGAAAAGUCUCUUUUGAAGACGUGGACAAGCUCAAGAAAGAAGGCAGUGGUGAUAUGAAGCACGAGAGUCUUCGACUGCCCUCUUUCAUGCAGAAUAUGAAGUUCUACAAGAACAGAUUAGAUGUUAUAAUGAAGUCCAACGGUUUGACCGAUAACGAUUUCAAAGUUUCUGGAAAAAUUAAAGAAGUAGAUCAAUGUCGAUACGAUAUCUAAUUCUGAUGCAAAUUAUAAAGUGAAUUGACGUGUUCUAAUUUACAAAUCAUAUCAGUUCUAUAUUUGCAUCGCUUAAUAAUUUCAAUUAAUUUCUGUGAUUUAA